AUGCUCUGCCUGCUGCCCCUUGUCCUUCAGCUCCUGUCCCGCCCUGUGGCUGCUGCGCACGGGAUCUGCUUAAAUGGAGGGACAUGGAACGGGAAGGUCUGUGUUUGCCCCAGCGGCUACCAAGGAGACCAUUGCGAGAACAGCGUCCCGAUCUGCAACAAUGAUGGCCACUGGGAUGGGAUCAAGUGUGUGUGCACUAACCUCUUCCAGGGGCCGAAGUGUGAGGAGGUGGUCCCCAGCAUUGAGAUAGAGCCUCCACCAGAGACUGUCUCUGCCCAGAUGGAAAUGACCGUGACAGUGACCAGUAUGGAGUACACCAAAGAGCUAGAAGACCGGAAUUCUGUACAAUUCCAGAACUUCAGUGAGAUAUUCACAAAAGAGAUGAACAUAGUUUAUCUUGGAAUCCCUGAGUAUCAAGGGGUCAACAUCACAAGGCUGUUUGCUGGCAGUAUUGUGGUAGAACAUGAAGUCAUCCUGAAGACCAACUAUACCCCAGAAUACAAGGAAGUUUUAACUAAGGUCACCCAGGAGGUGAAGGAAAAAAUCCAGAAUGUAACCAAGGAGCAAAUAAGCAGAAAUAAUACCUGCAAAUCUGUACUGUGCUACAAUACGACUGCCACCAAGGUGCAAACGGUCACAGUUACUGAAUACGACCCUGCAAAGGAAUGCCGGGAGAGGGCUGGAGAUGAUUACGCUGCCUACUUCUUCGUGGAGUACAAGGAAGAGAAACCGAACUGCAUCAACCGCUGUAUGCCAGGCUUCAACAGAUCCCUGAACUGCAACUUCGGGAAGUGCCAGCUAGACCGCAGUGGCCCUCGGUGCUACUGCCUGACCACGGACACUGACUGGUACAGUGGUGAAACCUGUGAGUUCAGCACCAAGAAGAGCCUGGUGUAUGGGCUUGUGGGGGCAGCUGGUGCCAUAGUGCUACUCGUCCUUGUUGUUCUCUUGAUGUUCAUGUUCCGUUCCAAGAAGGAGUUGAAAAGGCAAAAGUCUAGAGUGUUUCAGUUGUAUAAGUGGCAUGAAGAAGAUGGAGGACCAACCCCUGGAACUUUCCGAAACAUUGGCUUUGACAUCGAUGAAGAUGACGCCAUCCACUUGGACUCCAUUUAUAGUAACUUCCAGCCCUCCCUGGACCACAUAGAUUCUGAAACACAGAUCAAAAUUCAGAGGCCCCAGGUGAUGAUGACGUCAAUUUAAGGCAGUUUCACAUGGAGCUGUGGGGUCUGGGAGUGAGGAGAGCUUACUUUGUCUAAGCCUGAUGGAAAUUUUCCCCAUUGACAGCAUUCAUGGAACCAGAUGAAAAACAAAACCUGUACCAAGGAGGAAGGGGGGAGAGAAUACAGUGCUAGAAAACUCUCAAAUACAAACACCAUGGAAACUCCGAUGGGCUUCUUAUGAUCUCAGGCGAGGCGCUCCUGUUCAUACAGGGAAGUUCUUCCUCCUGCCUGCCUUGUUUCAGCACCAAGGACAGCAUCUGAAUCACCUAUUAACCGGCAAUCACUUAAACAUGGGACUGAAAUUUACGUUAUACAAAACCUCUUGCAAGACUUAUUGUACUUCAUUUUCAUAAAAAAAUGUUUUAAAC